CUCAAGCUGAUCAUUGUACCAUAGCACCAGCUCCAAUAUCAUCUUCUCAUUGAUUUUCCCAUGGCCGAAAACUCACAACCUCCGAACAAUGACAACCAACAAGAAAUAGAAGAGCUAAUCUCUUCACUCCCCAAGGAGAAAUGGUGGCGCGGCUCAGGCCUCACCCUAUACCAGAACUUCUGGGUCCCAUCCGAUUUUAUUCGAGGAGUCAUCACACUCCGGCGCCACUUCAUUGGCCGUGAUUCCAACAUCCUCCUGGCCUCGAAGCCCAAGACGGGUACCACAUGGCUCAAGGCCCUGGCCUUCUCUGUCCUCCACCGAGCCCAGUUCCGCCCCUCUGUGGCCAAUGCCAACCACCCCUUAUGCUCGUCCAAUCCCCAUGACCUUGUGCCGUUCUUGGAGAUCAUGCUCAACGGCCAGCCUGCAGGGCAUGUCCCCGACAUGUCCGGCUUCACUGAUCUGCAGCUCUUUGCUACCCAUGUGCCAUAUCACUUCUUGCCAGAAUCCAUCCACCAGUCCCAGUCCCGGGUGAUUUACAUUUGCCGGAACCCGCUUGACACGGCUCUGUCAUCGUGGCACUUCUGGGCCCAGGCCAACCUAGAGGGCGGAGCAGGAGACUGGUCCAUGGAGGAGUUCUUCGAAAACUUCUGUAAAGGGUUGGAUUUUUACGGCCCGUUUUGGGACCACCUGCUGAGCUACUGGAAGGCAAGCUGCGAGAGGCCUGAGAGGGUUUUGUUCUUGAAGUACGAGGACUUGAAGGAAGACACUGCCAGGAACCUGAAGAGGAUCGCGGAGUUCAUGGGGGUUCCAUUUUCGAAGGAGGAAGAGCUGGACGGCGUCGUUGAUCAGAUAGUGGAGAUGUGCAGUCUGAGCAACUUGAAGGAGUUAGAUGUCAACAAGACUGGUGACAUUUUUGGCUAUGAGAACAAGACCUUUUUCAGGAAAGGCGAGGUCGGGGAUUGGGCUAACUAUUUGAGUCCUUCCAUGGUGGAACGGCUCGAGAACAUCAUGAAAGAGAAAUUCAGCCCGUUUGGAUUAUAUUUCACACUAAAGAAGACCUCCUAAAUUUCGCAAUUUUUCAUUUUCAUUUGUCAGAGUGGAUGGCAGCAGCUUCACGCUCGUUUCUUUUUACUAGUUAUUAUGGUGGCAUUUGAAAUUUAGGUUUGAUUUAACUUGACUUUGAUUAUGAUUUUACGGAGUAUUUGGUCAAACUUGCGGGCCCACAUUCAUUUGAGAAUAUUGUCAUUAUGAAGUUGUAUUAAAAUGGAGUGGUGUAAAUAUUUAUGGGUGAGGCCCAUUAUUUUGACUUUGAUGAGUGUAAUUUGUUUUGUUAUGGGUAGAG